AUGGAGAUCAAAGCUGAAAUGGAAGAAACUCAACAACUGUUUGAAAAACAAACGGGUGAUUACAGGGGUUUUGUUUUGGAAGCAAAUCUUAAGAAAGUUAAGUUUGAUUCCAAAUCUGCUGUUUCAAAACUUAUAGAACCACUUGUACAACAAGCUUACAACGUAAAAAAAGGAGAUUUUAGAUUUGAUUUUGCAAGUAAAAAUGACAAAUUUGAUUUACAUAAAGUUAGUCAAAUAUCCAAUAGAGGUGUUGAUUUAGUGCUUUGUGAGUCCACAAAUGCGGAACAACCUGGAUUUAAUGAAAGUGAAAAAGGAAUCAUAAAUGAACUACACAACAUUAUUUCUUCUGCUGAAGGGCGAAUAAUCAUCACCUUUUUUGCUUCAAACAUAGGGAGAAUAGAGGAAGUUUUCAAGAUUGCAAUAAAUCUUAAGAAAAAAAUUGUUAUUUUGGGUCAUGCUAUUGAUGCAAACGUUACAGCAUCUCAAAGUGUUGGUUAUUUGAAAUUUGAUGAAAAAUAUUUAAUUAAUGCUAAAGAUGCUGCUUCUUAUCCAGAUAAUGAAAUUCUUAUUAUUUGUACAGGUUCUCAAGGGGAAGAUACUUCUGCUUUGAGCAACAUUUCGAAAGGAAAACACCCAACAAUCAAGCUUAAAUCUUCAGAUAGCAUAAUUUUUUCUUCAAAUGUGAUUCCCGGAAACACUUAUGCUGUUGAAUCUCUUAUAAAUAGACUACACAAAUCUGGUUGUGCUAUACAUUUGAACUCUCCAGGAUUGAGAAUUCAUUCUUCUGGUCAUGCCACAAAAUUAGAGCAACAAUUGUUUAUAUCUAUGCUUAGACCUAAGUACAUAGUUCCUGUUCAUGGAGAAAGCAAAAUGCUUAAAGCUUUAGCUAGAAACUGUGUGGAAAUAGGUCAUGAUCCAUCAAAAAUUUUUAUAGUGAAAAAUGGAGAUGUGGUUCAUUUGCUAAAUGGAGAAGUUUAUGUUUCUGAGGAGAAAAUUGAUGCUUCUGUGGUUUAUAUAGACGGAGAUGAAACUACACAGUCGGGCGAGGCUAUCUCCAAAGAGAGAGCUAAUUUAGGAGAGAAAGGAAUUGUCCUUUUACAUAUAUUUCUGGACAGCAAAAAAGGAGAAGUUCAUGCAAUCUCUCCUAUAGCGAAUGCGGGAAGUUUCUUUGUGGCUGAUUUGCAAUUUUCUAAACAACUACACGGGAUGAUUCAGAGAGAGAUUAAAUCACGAGUAAAACCAGGUUAUAACGAGAAAGAACUGAAAGAUGCACUUGCUAAAAAUUUAAUUCAAACUGUUUAUGAAGCUAAAAAACAUAAGACAAAUGUGGAAAUCAUAAUUACAGAUAUUAGUGCAGAAGAAUUAUGA